CCCCCAAAAAACAUUUAAAAAUGGCUGAACAAGGAGACGGUAGCAGGAGAUAAACAAAACUAUUCACAUUAAGAAAGUAAAGUCAAAGGAAAAGGUGGCGUUUCCCGCGUAACGGCACUAGUUCAGUCCCGCUGCUCUGAAAAGGGAGUCCCCGUUGAAGUGAAGAGAAUGGAGAGCGACUGCAGAAUUCAGCCUGUGUGCCAGUUCAGCACAAGACUGACCCCAAGACUGAGCUUCAGCCCCCGAUGCGUUGCUGUCUAUACAGUGCUGUGGCUUUUAACUGCAACUAGAAUCUGCGGCGCAGCUGUGAAGAGUGAAGACCAAUCAAAAGCGAUGGCUGCUGGGUCUGCCCCCUGCUGGCAGGUGGAGGAGUUUGUUGUGGCUCAGGAGUGUUCUCAGUGCACCGCCUUCGAAGCUAUGUCCUGGCUUGCUUGCAGCACGACCGGCUUCGUGGAGAAAAUCAACUGCGCCACGUCCAAGAAGGAUGAGUACAAAAGCUGCCGCUCUGCUGUGAUGGAGGAGCGUCUCUUCUGGCAGUUCGAGGGCUCCAUGGUGGGUCUAACCCUCGUCUUCUCCUUCCUCGUGGUCGUCAGGCAGCGGGCGCUUGACCGGCUGGCUUCAGAGAAAGUUCGCAAACAGAUUGAAUCCAUUUAAAAAAAUAAACCCCUUCCCCAGGACCCACAGUGCUGAGAGCGGACAUUCUCAAGGAGCCAGCUGCAGCAGGGUUUGAAACUUCAGGGGGAAGGAUUUCAAAGUGAGUUUGAACACGACUGAAGAUGUUUAAGUGUGCAGACUACAGAGGAGACAGUAACAGGCAAGGCUGCUUGAACAUCUGAGUGUUUAAUGGAUAACACUGCCCUCUGCUGGUGACUCGUCUGGAGUAAACUUGAGAGGGAUUUCAAAUCAUUCAAAUCACUUUUUGCUUUUUAAAUUGAAUUUAAAGGACAUUUAUAUAAUGAAUGGUAACUUGGCCCUGUUUUUACUGUGUAUGUGUGUGACAUUGUUUCAGUUGUGGGGGAGGAGAUGCAUUUUAACAGCGUGAUGUUUCAAUAAAGUAAUUGUAGCAAAUUUUAACCUAUUUUGCACUGCCAUUUGCUACAUAUUAGUGGCUGGCAAGGAUAUGAAAAUUUGAUAUUGUGCAUAUCAAUAGUAUUCUUCUAAAACAGAGAGACACAACAGGUGUGUGUGU